GGAAAUAAAGAUAUUGAUGAAUUAAUACAACAUUCACAACUUAAUGCUGUACAUUAUAAAACAUGUCUUGAAUGGAUACCUUUUGAGAAAUUUCAAAAUGUCACUUAUAUUACCAGAGGAGGCUUUGGUAAAAUUUAUUCAGCUGAAUGGUUGGGAUAUUGAAAAUCAAAAAUGGAUUAGAAGAACAAAUUAUAAAGCUGCAUUAAAAAGCUUGGAUAAUUCUUCUGAUAUUAGUAUAAAUUUUUUAAAUGAGAUCACAUCUUAUCUUCAGAUUUAUAUUUGGGGUAUUGUUUACUGCUAUGGAAUAACUCAAGAUCCAAAUACCAAAGAUUAUAUGAUGGUUUUACAUUAUUGUAAAAAUGGAAAUUUAAGAAAUUACUAUCUUAAUUCUAAUGAUGAUACGAAACUUUAUGAUUUAUCAAGAAUUGCAAAUGGACUGUUAGAUAUCCAUAAUGCUGAAAAAGUCCAUAAAGACUUACAUUCAGGUAAUAUAUUGGAAGGUGGGACUAUGUAUAUAAGUGAUUUAGGAAUGUGUCAACCAGCAAAUAAACAAAUAGUUAAAGAAGAAGGAAUUUAUGGAGUAUUACCAUAUAUGGCACCAGAAGUUUUACGUGGAUAUCAAUAUACAAAAGCAGCUGAUAUUUAUUCAUUUGGAAUAAUUAUGAAUGAGUUCCUUUCUGAAGAAAUUCCUUUUAAAGAUAUUCCUCAUGAUCAUAUUUUAGCUAUUAAAAUAUGUAAAGGACUUAGACCAAAAAUUUCUGAAGAUAUUCCAAAAUUUCUUGUAGAUUUAAUUAUGAAAUGUUGGGAUGCUAAAGCAGAAAAUAGACCAUCUGCUAAAGAAUUGGAUCAAAUAUUAGCAAAAUGGCAUGAAGAAUAUAUGAAAUUCAAUGGCGAAAUUUAUUCUCAAAUGAGUGAAUAUGAAAAAAUUAGAGAAAUAAAAUUUAAAAACAGAUCACAUGAAAAUAAGUCUGAAAGUAUUAAAACUCAUCCUCAAGCAAUCUAUACAAGUAGACUUUUAAGUUUUAAAAAUCUUCCAGAACCUGUAAAUUCAUCAGAUUUAACAUCUUUCCAAGUUAAUUCAGAUGAUGUCUCAACAAAUCUAAUUUCAGAAUGCUUUGAUGUUCAACUUAGCGAAUCAGAUCUCAAUGAAAUUAAUCAAGAAGAAGAAAUUUGAAAGAUGAGACUUAAAUUAUAGUUGGCUUU